UUGAGGAUCUCAACACCACCGCAUGUCUCUGCAACAACUGCCGAGUGAAGCCAAACCCGCUGCGACUCCACAAACUUUUUACUCGCGAGAAGAAGAAGAAGAUUCCUCUUUUUUUGUUUUUACGCACGAUGUUAGUUUGCUGAGGACGCGCGUGCAGUCGCGAGCGCACCUCCCGGGAAGAAGAAGAUGGAUUGUAAGAAAAAGUUAGACUCGACUUGUGCCGCGCACUGAGACUCUCUCUCUCUCUCUCUCCCUCUCUCUCUCUCUCUCUCCCGGGACACAACCAGGGGCUGGCGAUGCCCUGCAAACUUUGCGUGUUUUAAAACAGAAAGUUUUUUUGUCCCCAAGUCGGUUCAUGGAGUUUCGCGUUGUGCGUGUUCCGGAGCUGGUGCCAGCGGCGCAGUCGUUGUAGGCUCCGGGAAUCCGACUCCAGGGCGAAGUUUUUUUUCCUCCUCGGGACAAAAUAAGUGGAAGAGGAGCUGCGGCGGAGAGACGCGAGAGGACAGAGACACAGAAGGUCGUGACAGACGUCGAGGAGCAGCAUGGAGACUUCAGCUCCAACAGCCACUGAGAAGAAGGAGUGUAAGGGUUCAGGUUUGGAUGGAAGCAGCUUCUCAGAGCUGCCAAAAAAGCCCUCACCCACCACCCUGACCAGAGGUGCCCACCACCUCUUCCCCUCGUUCCAUGCACCAAUCCCGAUCGACAUGAGGCACCACGAGGGGCGGUACCAUUAUGAGCCACACCCACUUCAUGCUAUGCAUGGACCUCCAGGACUGACGGGCAGUCCAGUCAUCUCAGACAUCUCCCUGAUCCGUCUCUCACCCCACGUCGGGACGGGCGAGUCGCCGUUCAGCCCACCACAUCCGUACGUCAGCCCCCACAUGGAGCACUACCUGCGCUCGGUGCACGGGAGCCCCACCCUGUCCAUGAUCUCAGCUGCACGAGGACUGAGCCCGGCUGAAGUGACCCACGAACACUUGAAGGAGCGAGCUCUGUUCAGUCUCCCCCCUCCUCCACCGGGGGCCAACCCUACCGAGUACUACCACCUGAUGGCCAGCGCCAGCCAGCGGAGCCCGUACGGCGACCUGCUGAUGCAGAGUAGUGCCGCAGCCGCAGCCGCAGCCGCAGCAGCUGCAGCCGCUCAUCUGCCCGAUUACAUCAGCCCCAUGGACGUCUCACGUUUUUCCAGCCCGCGGCUGACACCCCGGCUGAGCAGGAAGCGGGCCCUGUCCAUCUCCCCUCUGUCAGAUGCCAGUAUUGACCUGCAGACCAUGAUCCGCACCUCGCCCAACUCCCUUGUGGCCUACAUCAACAACUCCCGCUCCAGCUCGGCUGCCAGCAGCUCCUAUGGGCACCUCUCAGUCGGAGGGAUCAGCCCCUCGUUCAGUUUCCCUCAUCCCAUCAACCCGGUGGCGUACCAGCAGCUGUUGGCCCAGCAGAGGAGUCUCAACGCCUUCGGCCACGUGCCCACUCUCAUUCAACCGUCACCCUCCUCGUAUUCUGCUCGCCAACACCCCCUCACCGCCUCACCGAUGUCCACCUCGCACAACAUCUCCCACUCUGAGGCAAACCAGAACGCCAGUGGAGACCCGGCAGUGAGCAGCACGGUCAACCCACUGAUCACCAAGAGAUCCAAGGUCAAGACGGAAGCAGAGGGUCCACUGCCCAUCUCUCCGACUUGUCAGGACCACGGGGGAGGAAUCUUGGACUUGAGUGAGGAUCUGGAUAAAGACGAGUGCAAGCAGGAACCCGAGGCCGUAUACGAGACCAACUGCCACUGGGAGGGCUGCAGCAAGGAGUAUGACACCCAGGACCAGCUUGUCCAUCACAUCAACAACGACCACAUCCACGGCGAGAAGAAGGAGUUUGUGUGCCGCUGGGAGGAGUGUUCCCGGGAGCAGAAGCCCUUCAAGGCCCAGUACAUGCUGGUCGUCCACAUGAGGCGCCACACGGGGGAGAAGCCGCAUAGAUGCACGUUUGAGGGCUGCGCCAAAGCUUACUCUCGCCUGGAGAACCUCAAGACUCACCUACGGUCACACACCGGAGAGAAGCCGUACGUGUGUGAACAUGAAGGCUGCAACAAGGCCUUCUCCAACGCCUCGGACCGGGCCAAGCACCAGAACCGUACACACUCAAACGAGAAACCAUAUGUGUGCAAGAUCGCGGGGUGUACCAAACGCUACACGGACCCCAGCUCUCUCAGGAAGCACGUUAAGACAGUGCACGGCCCGGAAGCCCACGUCACCAAGAAACAACGCAGCGACGUCCCUCCAAGACAGAACCCGCCCAAGGGCAACGGCGAGAACGAGGCCAAUUCCAAGCAUGGUGCGAGAGUAGUGGACGGCAAGAUUGAGGCCAACAGCACCUCUAGAGGCGUGGACGACUGCAUUCAGAUCAAAUCUAUCAAGACGGAGACCUCCAUGACAUAUCAGUCCAGUCCUGGUGGCCACUCGUCGUGUAGCAGUGAGCCAUCGCCUCUCAGCAGCGCCAACAACAACGACAGUGGGGUAGAGAUGGCCAUGCACAGCGGGGGCAGCUUCGGGGACCUCAGUGCACAGGAUGAGUGCCCCAUGGUUGACUCCACUGUUCCUGCAGGGGGACAGCUGGGGGGGAUGGGUCUUCAGUUGAGGAAAGCCGUGGGUCACGGUGGCGGGGUCACCAUCAAGCUGGAAAACAUCAAGAAGGAAAGGCUGAAGACCGUGAGGGACUCCUGCCCCUGGGUCAACUCUGCACCACAGCCCCCACAGGGCCAACGCAUCAGUAUGAAGCUGCCUCCCAUACCUGCAGUCGGUUCCCUGCUGGAGAGCUCCAAUGUGAUGACUAAUCUAAAUGGUCUGCACAACAACCAACGCAUCGGCGACCAGCCUUCAUGUGAAGUCACACUGCUGAACCAGUUGAAUGAGCGGCGUGACAGCACCACCAGCACCCUCAGCUCAGCUUACACAAUGAGUCGCCGCUCAUCUGGUAUUUCACCCUGCUACUCCAGCCGUCGCUCCAGUGAGGCUUCCCAGUUUAGUGCUCACCGCCAUAACAAUAUCAGUUCGGCCGACUCCUAUGACCCAAUCUCCACUGAUCUGUCUCGCCGUUCAAGUGAGGCCAGCCAGUGGGGAGGUAGUGGCGCCGGCGGAGGAGGUCUCCCAAGCCUCCUUAGUCUGACACCAGCUCAGCAUUAUCGGCUCAAGGCAAAGUACGCUGCUGCUACUGGUGGAGCUCCACCUACUCCUCUGCCCAAUAUGGAGCGAAUGAGCCUGAGGACACGCAUGGCGUUGUACAGUGACUCCCAGGAAGGCUCAUCUCAUCCAUUCCAUCAGCUGCCCUCUGGAACUGCACCCAGGCGCUGCAGUGAUAUUGGAUAUGGUGCCCAGAGCAUGAUGCCCCAUGAGGUACCUGCCAACCUUCCACGCCGUGCCAGUGACCCAGUGCGCCGUCCCACACUUGAUCAGUUCUCCUUUCCAAGGGUCCAGCGCUAUAACAGCAUGAACAGCAUGAAUCCCAAUAACGGUCCGUCAGCUGCAGAACGCCACCAGACACUGGCCAUGCAGGGCUACACUCGCUCUGAUGGCAGCCUGCAACGCUACCCAUUUGCCCCCAGACCACCUAGCAUUUCUGAGAAUGUAGCCAUGGAGAACAUGGCAGUAGAUGGAAUGAUGACCGGGGGAGAGCAGAAUGGGGAGGAGGACAUGGUGCUUCCAGAUGAUGUGGUGCAAUACCUCAGGUCCCAGAAUUCGGGUAACAAUUCGGGGCAAGUGGACUAUCAUUCCAACAAUCAGACUCAGGGCUACCAGACAUCCAUGGCCCCACCGACAUCAUUUUAUGCACAGAGGAGGAUGGCCAUGGUGGAUGCCACCAUGCAUCCAUCUGGUCAGGAUCUGCCUUUCUCAGCACCAUCAGACAACCUGAACAAGAAUAACAUGCCAGUGCAGUGGAAUGAGGUGAGCUCAGGGACUGUGGACACCACAACCAAGCUCUCCAGACAACAGCAGCAUCCUCUCAGAGGGAAUCUAGCUGUUGUUCAGCAGAGGCACAAUUUCGGAUCCUUCCCGACACAAGGUCUUGGCUUGGGUAGCAACCAGCAGGUAGUGCCCAUGAGUCAGAAUAUGUCUAUGCAGGGAUAUGCCAACCACAACAGCCAGAGGCCAAUGAACAUUAACCACCAGCAGAAUCAACAACAGAGGCAAUGUAACAAUGUGAACUUUAGUGAUCAAAUGAGUCCUCAGCAAGGAUACGGCCAAGAGGCAAUCCCAAACUCUAUAGCUGGGAGCACUAGCAUGAGACCGACCCGCAACAGUGCCACAGAUCCAGAACUGCAAACUUACAGAGCACGGACACAGACUGAUGGGUAUUCUCACAUGAACCAAGUGGAUCUCCAGCAUAAUUACAAUGUUGUUUCCCAGCAGCAGCAACAGCAGCACAUCAUCCACAAUGGAGGCAGGGGAAUGUUACAACCUCGGCCUCCCACAGAGCCCAAGGCUAUUGCCAGACAACACACAGGAUCUAGCAUAAUGCAGCCAAGUCGAAUACCCAAGGCAACGCAUGACACUUCGGAGGCUAGCCCAAAGAGGCCCAGUGGGUCAGUGGCCCAAAACAGCAACUCUUCUGUGUUCUAUACAGGUCAGGUUCAUAUGUUUGAGCCAACUUCUGUCAGCUUCGAUGCCCCCAUGUCCCCCUGUGCCAGCCAGGCUCCUGCCAGCAACAACCCCGCAGCACCCAACAUGGCUUCACCAGGAGUCAACCAGGUCUCCAGCAGUACAGUGGAUUCUUCAACUGGUAGAUCUGGUGGUACGGAACAUGCCCAGAUCGACUUUGACACCAUGCUAGACGACGGAGACCACUCCAGCCUAAUGUCGGGCACCUUGAGUCCCGGCCUUCUGCAGAGCCUCUCCCAGAGCUCCUCACGUCUGACCACACCUCGGAACUCUGUCACCCUUGCGUCUGUACCGGCGGGGAUUGGCAACAUGGCCAUCGGUGACAUGAACUCCAUGCUCACAGCUUUGGCUGAAGAAAGCAAGUUCCUCAACAUGAUGAGCUGAGAGCAAUCACAGACCUCCUCGUCCACCCAGGCUUCACAUUUUUACAUCAGGAAUAUACAGACUACACACGAAAGCACUGACUGAACAAUGCAAAACCGGUUAUUUCAUACACUUUUUCAUUGUCCAUAGUAAUAUGCUUGUCUUGUAAUAUUUGCUUCAGAAUAUAAUAUGUUACAUUAAAUGGAAUUGAAUAGUGGGUAAAGCUAAGGACCAUUUUAUAUCAUCAUUUGUUAAAAAGCCAUACUUAUUAGCUACACGUAUAUGAUAGUCCAGGGUUUAUAAAUGCAUCCACCAACAACUGCCAUUCAGUAUUUGCUGCCCUUUACCAAGUGGUGCACUGAGAGCAGUUCACUUAGUGCCUUGCUGAGGGACAUCGAGCAUCUGACGUCACAAAACAGGAAACGGACAUGAUAUGUAGAUAUCAGGUAAUAUUUUCUCAUGAAGACCUUAAUGUGUAUAGAUUAUACUGUAUGGUACUUGCUUUAAGUUAUGUUAUUGACUUUUCAUGUUUGAACUCGGGCUGUCAAAGCUUUAGUGGUUGAUUUUCUUUGAAAUGGCGUUAAGGGCAUUUGUCAAAGCAUAUUACUACUUUGUUAUUCUGUCCAUGUGCACAACUCAGCAUGGGGGAGAGUAAAGAGAGUUGCACAGCACACGAUUGAGACGAAUGAUUUGUAACCAGGUUUAAAACUAUCACAUGCAUGUAAAAAUGGAAACAUGCCUAUUAUGAAACAAACUGUAAACAUUGGCUGCUAUUGCAGUUUAUAUAUGCACUUAUUUCAACUUUCCUCCAGCAUAAGAAAGUGCCAUCGUGGCAACAUGUCCUGUGCACAACGUGGGUUUUAAUGCUGGGAUUCAAUUACACCUAGAUUGUGGAAUAAAGGUGCACGAGAAUCUACAGUAUAUAGAACAGAUUAAAGUCAAGGUGCAGUUAUUCCAUUCAAUCAGAAUUUUGAGACCUUUUUUACAAAGCGAAGCAUUUGACAGCCCAAGUUUAAAACACAUGGUUGUACAAAAUUAUUGUCCACAGAUAUUAAGUGCUUUUUGAUCAUGGUCUGAGCUCUUGGGGAUGGCACUGAUGAACCUGAACUGAUUUCCGUCUUUGCCCUGUGGAUCAGAGGAGUAAACUCUCCAUGGUCCAAUCUCACAAGGGUAAAUAAUUGGAAAGGACAAGGAUAUGCCUCUGGAUUAGUCUACCAGGGCACAUGAACCCCCAUGUCUGAUGAAGAGCACUCUCUAAAGGAAUAUACAAGUACCUCUGUGUGUUCUCAGUUGAGAUCCAACCCUAAUUAACACAUUCACGCCGCCUCCCCUCACUGCAUCCCAUGGGUUCUGCAUGGGUUCUGGAUGAACUGCAGAGAGACCAGGAAGGGACUCUGACUUUUAAAAUGAAAUUCUGCUUCUGACAGGAUUCGUGAACAAGCCCUCCAACUUCAUCCAUUUUACUAUGUUUGUUGAAUUUCUAAAUAGCCUUUCAAAUGUUUGUGUGUAUGCUUCCAUUCACUUUUACUAUGCCCAGUGUGUGUGUGUGCGUGCAUGUGCGUGUGUGUGUGUGUGUCUGAGUGUGUAUAUAGCUUUUGUACAUUUCAAAUAAACUAUCUCUGUUUUUUUCUGUUUAAA